AUGAUAGGCAAGGCAAUCCAUGGCACCAUCAUCAAAGAUAACAGUGAUGCCUUCGAAAAGCUUCUCAGCAAAGACAUUGUCAAUAAAGUGGAUUGUAAUGGUUGGACGCCACUGGCGACGGCAAUUGAGUAUCAACGAGGUAACAUGGAAAAGGCCCUACGAAGCAUGGGGGCACUCGAGACCACAGAACCACAAUUAGAACCCACGGAGUGGAAUAAGCAUCAUAAAUCAGCAAGAAUAGGAGUGCAGAAGCUUGAGUGCUUUGCAGAAGGGCAAUUAUCGGUCGAGCAGAUAGAGAGCGAUAGUACCACGCCUCCGUUCUUUCUUGUACGGGCAAAUCGAUGUGCGCCUAGGACUGAAAGAGGCGUUUAUUAUUUUGAAGUCCUCAUCGUCCAGACUGGGCUUGAUGAGACCGUCGGAGUCGGUUUUGAUACAGAUGAGAUAGAAUUGGAUUAUGAUGUGCUUGGGUGGGUUAAAGGAUCCUGGGGCUUUCAUGGUCAAAAUGGCCAUGUAUAUCAAGGCUCACGCCGUGGGAGGCCAUAUGCGAAACCUUAUUCAUCAGGAAGUACUAUCGGCUGCGGCGUGGACUUCAACAAUCGCUCGAUUUUCUUUACCGUCGAUGGUGAAUUUAAAGGUCGUGCAUUUAAAGACGAUAAUAUUCGUGGCCACCUUUACCCAGCCGUAUUCCUUCAUCCAGGAAAUGCUUCUACCAAAAUAGUCGCAAAUUUUGGACAUCAGGAGUUCAAGUACAUUAUACCCCCAGCCCCUGUACCUUGGGAGUCUGAAUGUCAAGAUAAUAUGGACUCUAACGAGGAGGAUCCGGGCUACGAGAGUUCUGUGUUGAGCGAUGACUCUUUUUCUUAA